AUGAGCAUUUCAAUUCUUACACAAGAAAUAAUGGUAUAUCUAGCCAUGUAUAUGCGAACCCAGCCUGGCCUCUUUGCUGAAAUGUUUCGACUUCGAAUUGGUCUGAUUAUACAAGUUAUGGCAACAGAACUGGCCCACUCCCUUCGAUGCUCAGCUGAGGAAGCCACAGAGGGCCUGAUGAAUCUCAGUCCUUCAGCCAUGAAGAGUCUCCUGCAUCAUAUUCUCAGUGGCAAGGAGUUUGGAGUAGAACGAAGUGUUCGUCCCACUGAUUCAAAUGUCAGUCUUGCUAUUUCUAUCCAUGAGAUUGGUGCUGUUGGAGCAACCAAAACAGAACGAACUGGGAUCAUGCAGUUAAAAAGUGAGAUAAAGCAGGUGGAAUUAUAUAGACUGUCUAUCUCAGCUGAGAGUCAGUCACCUGGAGCCUCUAUGACUCCAAGUAGUGGGUCCUUGCCUAGUGUGUAUGAUCAACAGUCAUCUAAAGAUAGUCGUCAAGGUCAAUGGCAACGUCGAAGAAGGUUGGAUGGAGCACUGAAUAGAGUCCCAGUUGGAUUUUAUCAAAAAGUAUGGAAAGUUUUGCAGAAGUGCCAUGGACUUUCUGUGGAAGGUUUUGUUCUUCCUUCUUCAACCACCAGAGAGAUGACUCCAGGAGAGAUUAAAUUCUCUGUUCACGUGGAGUCUGUCCUGAAUCGUGUACCUCAACCAGAGUACCGCCAGCUUCUGGUUGAAGCCAUCCUUGUCCUCACCAUGCUGGCAGAUAUUGAAAUUCAUAGCAUUGGCAGCAUCAUUGCUGUGGAAAAAAUAGUGCAUAUUGCCAAUGACUUGUUCCUUCAAGAACAGAAAACUCUUGGUGCAGAUGAUAUCAUGUUGGCAAAGGAUCCCGCAUCUGGCAUCUGUACUCUUCUAUAUGACAGUGCACCAAGUGGCAGGUUUGGCACCAUGACCUAUCUCUCCAAGGCAGCUGCCACCUACGUGCAGGAGUUCCUGCCCCACAGCAUCUGUGCCAUGCAAUGAGACUUUGGGUCCUGGCUUCUGGGAGACUUUUGACAGCUGGUCCCUGCCUUGGUUGAUUGUGCAUGGAACUGAAAUGUAUCGCCUGAUCACUCCCACCUCUGGUCCUUCCUAUCCCAUCCUCCCCAAGAAGAAAGAACUUUUUCAAUAAACUAACUGCUUUAGAAGAAGUGAACCCUUAUCUGGAGGCUCACCUCCAGUAUGCAUAUGCUCAACCAGGCCUGUCAUAAUUGUUUAAUUUUUUCAUGAUUCAUAAAAGUUUGCAUGUAUUUUUAUUCUCUAAAUCUGUUACCAACACAGUUUUCUAACUCCUGUUUGAGAAGCGGGUGUUAAUAAUAACUUAUUCCUAAAGUUUGGUUUUUCUUAUGUCUGAUUUUAUUGUAUACAUGAGUGGUAGGUGCUUUGUGACAUUAUUUCAAAUGAGUAAACCCUAAAUUGUUAGAUUUUAUUCUGCUAUAAAAUGGAAAUAUCUA